AUGGUCGACAUGGGGGGCCUGGACAACCUGAUCGCCAACACGGCCUACCUGCAGGCCCGGAAGACCUCAGACGCCGACAGCAAGGAGCUGCAGCGCCGGCGCCGGAGCCUGAUGCUGCCCGGGCCGCAGAGCUGCGAGCAGCUCCGCCAGGCGCUGCCCGCCGACUUCCACAGCCUGUGCGAACAGCAGCCCAUCGGCCGCCGCCUCUUCCGGGACUUCCUCGCCACGGUGCCCGCGUACCAGGAGGCCAUGGGCUUCCUGGAGGAGGUGCAGAGCUGGGAGCUGGCCGAGGAGGGCCCCGCCAAGGGCAGCAUGCUGCAGGGGCUGGUGGCCACUUGCGCGGCUCCCCCAGCCCCCGAGCAGCCACACCCCUUCCUCAGCCCUGCUCUGGUCACCAAGUGCAAAGCAGCCGCCACCGAGGAAGAGAGGGCCUCCCUGGUGGAGCUGGCCAAGGCCGAGGCCAUGGCCUUUUUGCAGGACCAGCCCUUCCGAGAGUUCCUGGCCAGCCCCCUCUAUGACAAGUUUCUGCAGUGGAAAGUCUUUGAGAUGCAACCGGUGUCAGAAAAGUACUUCGAAGAGUUCCGUGUUCUGGGCAAAGGUGGUUUUGGGGAGGUAUGUGCUGUCCAGGUGAAAAACACUGGUAAGAUGUAUGCCUGUAAGAAAUUGGACAAGAAGCGGCUGAAGAAGAAAAAUGGAGAGAAAAUGGCUCUCUUGGAAAAGGAAAUCUUGGAGAAGGUCAGCAGCCCUUUCAUUGUCUCUCUGGCCUAUGCCUUUGAGAGCAAGUCCCAUCUCUGCCUGGUCAUGAGCCUGAUGAACGGGGGAGACCUCAAGUUCCACAUCUACAGCGUGGGCGAGCGGGGCCUGGACAUGAGCAGGGUGGUCUUCUACUCGGCCCAGAUGACCUGUGGCGUGCUGCACCUCCACUCCCUCGGCAUCGUCUACCGGGACAUGAAGCCUGAGAACGUGCUUCUGGAUGACCUCGGCAACUGCAGACUGUCCGACCUGGGGCUGGCCGUGCAGAUUCAGGACGGCAAGCCCAUCACGCAGAGGGCUGGAACCAAUGGUUAUAUGGCUCCGGAAAUCCUAAUGGAAAAAGCGAGUUAUUCCUAUCCUGUGGACUGGUUUGCAAUGGGAUGCAGUAUUUAUGAAAUGGUUGCUGGACGAACACCAUUCAGAGAUUACAAGGAAAAAGUCAGUAAAGAGGAUUUAAAGCAAAGAACACUGAAAGAGGAAGUCAGAUUCCAACACGAUAACUUCACAGAGGAAGUGAAAGAUAUUUGCAGACUCUUCUUGGCUAAGACACCAGAGCAACGCUUAGGAAGCAGAGAAAAGUCUGAUGAUCCCAGGAAACACCAUUUCUUCAAAACCAUCAACUUUCCUCGCCUGGAAGCUGGCCUCAUUGAACCUCCAUUUGUGCCAGACCCUUCAGUGGUUUAUGCCAAAGACAUCGGUGAAAUUGAAGAUUUCUCUGAGGUUCGAGGAGUUGAAUUCGAUGACAAAGAUAAGCAGUUCUUCCAAAGAUUUGCAACAGGCGCCGUUCCCAUUGCGUGGCAGGAAGAGAUUAUAGAAACAGGACUGUUUGAAGAAUUGAACGACCCCAACAGGCCCGCAGGUUGUGGGGAGGGUAAUUCAUCCAAGUCUGGUGUAUGUUUGUUAUUGUAA